AGCUCUAAUGGCCCGGUGAAGAAGUCAAUGCGAGAGAAGGCCGUGGAACGCAGGAACGUUAAUAAGGAGCACAACAGUAACUUUAAAGCAGGAUACAUCCCAAUUGAUGAAGACCGUCUCCAUAAGACAGGGUUACGUGGCAGGAAAGGCAACUUGGCCAUUUGUGUCAUUGUUCUUCUUUUUAUUUUGGCUGUCAUCAAUCUGAUUAUCACACUGGUUAUCUGGGCAGUGAUUCGAAUUGGUCCCAAUGGUUGUGACAGCAUGGAGUUCCACGAGAGCGGCUUGCUGAGGUUUAAGCAGGUUUCUGACAUGGGCGUUAUACAUCCCUUAUAUAAAAGCACCGUAGGAGGCAGACGUAACGAGGAUUUGGUGAUCACUGGAAAUAAUCAGCCUAUUGUAUUUCAGCAAGGAACGACCAGGCUCAGUGUGGAAAAAGACAAAACCUCUAUUACCAGCGAUAUUGGCAUGGAGUUUGUUGACCCACGGACACAAAAUACCUUGUUCAGCACAGACUAUGAAACUCAUGAAUUUCAUCUGCCAAAUGGAGUUAAAAUCUUGAAUGUGCAGAAGGCCUCUACAGAGAGGAUCACCAGCAAUGCGACCAGUGACCUAAACAUAAAGGUCGAUGGCCGCGCUAUUGUCCGUGGCAACGAAGGUGUCUUCAUCACAGGCAAGACCAUUGAGUUUCGAAUGGGGGGUAACAUGGAGCUUAAAGCAGAAAACAGCAUUAUCCUGAACGGGACGGUGAUGGUCAGCCCGUCACGACUGCCAAGUUCUUCUUACGGGGAGCAGUUCAGUAACGGGAACUGGCUGCGGUUCAAGCUCUGCAUGUGUGCGGACGGGACGAUCUUCAAGGUGCAGGUGACGGGGCAGAACAUGGGCUGUCAGACCUCUGUCAACCCCUGUGGAGCCACGCACUAAACCACAGGCCACUACCAGGAGUCUGCUCUUCUCUGUUUACAUGUGUUUGUAUGAAGUAACUGCAUGCCUUCAAGGAUUUCUGUUUUUACAGCAAUUUAUACUAACAUUUAUUACAUAGUAUUUUUAAACAAAGGUUGUUACGUUCAGCAGUAUUAUGUCGUCAUCCUGUUAGCAGUAAUAGUGGCACUGAUAUAGUAGGUUUUCAGUCUCCGUGCAUACUGAAAUACCUUCUUGAAUUUGGAUCAGUAGAAUGAUCUUAAAGAACAUGAUCUUAGCAACAAUCUC